AGCUCUGGAGGUAUAUAAGUCCUUUCAGACGCACAAAGGACAGAAGAAGAAACAGGAGCGCCUAAAACGAAACACUUGAACUCUUCUCUUCAUCAAGUGCCAACAAAAAUGACGGGAGCCGCUGUGUCUGUGUGCCUACUUUUCCUUCUGUCUGUUUGUUCAGCAUGUUACAUCUCCAACUGUCCUAUCGGAGGAAAGAGAUCCAUCAUGGACGCACCACAGCGCAGGUGCAUGGCGUGUGGCCCUGGAGACAGGGGCCGCUGCUUCGGCCCCAGUAUCUGCUGCGGGGAGGGCCUCGGCUGCUUGCUGGGCUCCCCAGAAACAGCUCACUGUGUGGAGGAGAACUACCUGCUCACCCCCUGCCAGGCGGGAGGGAGACCCUGUGGAUCUGAGGGCGGACGCUGCGCUGCCUCAGGAGUCUGCUGUGACGCAGAAAGCUGCACUACUGACCAGUCCUGCCUCGUGGACGAGGAAGGAGAAGAGCAAACCAGCCAAUACGAAGGCAGCGACCCCGGUGACAUCAUCCUCAGGCUGCUGCACCUGGCCGGUCACACUUCACAUCGAGUCCACCAAUGAGCUGCACCUGACUCCACGGCCUCAUGGGAAAACAAGGAAUGGGACAUGUAGUUGUAAUGUAGUUACAGUAAAGUUCUUCUGUAGAGUUCCUUUCUUGA